GGUUCUAUGUGCACUGGUGUUCUAUGUACACUGGGGUUCUAUGUGCACUGGUGUUCUAUGUACACUGCGGUUUAUGUACACUGGUGUUCUAUGUACACCGCGGUUCUAUGUACACCGUGGUUCUAUGUACACUGCGGUUCUAUAAAAAGCGCCCCUGGUGGUUAGGAGGAGCGAACUACAUUACAAGGUUCCAAGGUUUUAGCUCAUUACAACAUUUAUAAUUCUUUUCAAUUUUCUUUAUGUAUAUUCCAUGAAUUCCAAAGAACCAGUGCACAAUUUUAGCAUUAAAACAUUUUUCAGAGUGGUGUGCACACAAUUUUAUAUUUAUACGGGUUCAAUCAGUGCUAAAUGUUUUAACUUUGUACAUUGAAUGUUUGUUUCUGUAUUUUUGCAAAUUUUCUGUCAUAUUUUUGUAUUUUAUUUUUGUAUUCUUGUCAUAUUCGCACGACUAUAGCUAUAUCUAUAUUUAUUUCUAAAGUAACUUUUUUAAUUUCCUCAUGAGGGAUUAAUAAAAGUUAAAAAUCUUCUCUUAAAUAAAAGCAGUCAUCUUUCAGCAUCGGACAGCUUUCAGCGCUUGGGGCCUAAGCCCCGCCCCAAAAUGUAUGAUUGACAGAAAUUGUGGCUAUACACCGCUCCUGAACGGUGUGAUGAUGGAAGUGGAGGAAUUUUUGUGCCUCUCGCAUGCAACCGAGCUUUCACUGUGCUUCUGCCUGAAGAGGAGAAGAUAGGAUAAGAGAGGAGAGGAGAGACGUUGAUGGACCUGCAUCAUGGAGCGCAAACUGAAAACAUCACAAAGGAUUUACAUGUGGAGUGACGACAAGGCUGCACGCGCGGUGCAACAGGAUGGCAAUUUAAUGUGCAUGCAUGUGCGCGAGGAUUAAAAAUAAAAUAAAAUAUAGUAAUAAAAAAAAGACCUUAAAAUGAUUCCUGGAGUUCAGCAAGCUGUCUGUGAGAAUAUUCGGGAUUCAUUAUAGACGCGUGAGCUCGAGGAUGCACGUUUGCAUAACUACACCCGUUUAGGAUGCUCGCACUAAGGAGCAGGGUUUAAGAGGCAGUUUUCUCCGGCGGACGCGGUCAUGGGUGUGCUGCUGCUCUGCCUCCUUUUGCACGCGGGAUUAGCGCGCGCCACGCACGACGGCUACGUGGAAUGGUCGGACGGGAGUGACGACGACGACGACGAAACCGCCGAAAACGGCGCGAGGCAACACCGCGUCCGUGGUACGGAGCGCGCGGCUUCGGCGGGGGCCGGGGCGGAGGAGUUGCCGCGCGUGGUGGCCGCCUUCCUCCACACGGGCGACGCCUCCGCGCUCGCGCACGUGAACUGCUCGCGGCGUUACGAGCUCAGUAGCCUCGGUUCAGCUCCGCCGGCGCCUCCCGUCGCUUCCGUACACUCCAUUAGCGCAGCGCUGGACGCCGUGUCGCGCGCCGCCGAAUUCCUGAAUGCGCUUUCGCGAGAAACGAAGCAAGAAGACCAGCAGCAGCAGGUGUGGUAUCGCGCACUGCUUCGGAGCAUGCUGGACCGUGAGCCCAGGAUCCACCGCGUCGCGCUCGCACUUCACACUGAGCAGCUCCACCUCCAGGCCAUGAGGAUGGACGGGCACGUGGAGCUGCGAGACUUUUCGGGUGAGGAGUCCGAGUGGAACCGCCAAGCCCGGAAAAAAACCCGGAUGAUAACGCAGACCCGAAGCUCCCAAAGCACACAAGGUCACGUGCAGUGGUCUGCGCCUUAUCUGGAGUGUGAGCGCGGGCGAUUCAUCCCGCACUGGCUUCUCACCCUGUCGGUGAAAGUGUAUGGUCUGAACUCGGACACAGAGCCAGAGAUCAGGGGUGUGGUAAGGGUUGAUGUCAAUCUGCAGGAUGUGGACAUCGAUCAGUGCUCCAGCACCGGCUGGUUCGCCGGCACUCACCGCUGCAAUCUGACCACCAUGGAGUGUAAACCGAUUCCAGGCCAAGGCUUUGUCUUGGACAAGUACAAGUGCCAGUGCAGGAGGGGGUUUUACCAACACAGCCGAGUGGCACUCAACGGCUUCUCCAAAUCGGAGCGGGAUCGUUAUGUCGGGGCAGAACUCUCGGACGUGCCAGCUCGAUGUCUGCCGUGUCAGGAUGGCUGUGUGUUCUGCCGGGACGAUGCGCCGUGCCUGGCACAGGAGGAUGGCGUCCUCCGUCUCACCGUUGUCUCCUUCCAGAGCCUGUGUGUGCUGCUCGACUUCAUCUGCAUGACCGUGGUGUACCGAUUCCGGCGCAACAAGAGAAUCAAAGCAUCUGGGUUUAUUCUUCUCGAGGCCAUCCUGUCAGGUGCCAUGCUUCUCUACCUUCCUGUGAUGAUACUUUACUUUCAACCGAACGUCCUGCACUGCAUUCUCCUGAGAUGGGUUCGCCUCCUGGGCUUCGCCACGGUGUACGGAACGGUGAUCCUCAAGCUCUUCCGGGUGUUGAAGGUGUUCCUGUCGCGUACGGCCCAGCGGAUUCCCUACAUGACCAGCUGCCGUGUUCUGCGUUUGCUGGGUGCCAUAUUACUCGUAGUGCUCUGGUUCCUGGUGGCCUGGACUUCGGCCGUCUGCCAGAGCCACGAUUCCCAUCAUGGCCUCGUCGAAGAGGGCGUGACAAUAGAGGGUCUGCAGUUCACCAUGUGCAAGCUCGACCGCUGGGACUACAUGAUGGCUGUUGCCGAGCUUCUCUUCCUGGUGUGGGGGGUCUACCUGUGCUAUGCCGUUCGCACCGUACCCUCUGCCUUUCAUGAGCCACGCUACAUGGCAGUCGCCGUGUAUAACGAACUCCUCGUCUCUGCCAUAUCGCACAUCAUAAGGUUCACCCUGGCUCCUGGACUCCACCCAGAUUGGAUGUUGAUGUUAUGUUUUGUUCAUACACAUUUGACGGUGACGGUGACUCUGGGAUUGCUGCUCAUCCCAAAGUUUGUGUUCACUGGUACUCACAGGCAGGACGACAUCGCCACCGAGGCCUACGAGGACGAGCUGGAAAUGGGCCGAUCAGGUUCCUACUUGAACAGCAGCAUAACUUCUGCCUGGAGUGAGCACAGUUUGGACCCUGAAGACAUAAGAGAUGAGCUAAAGAAGCUAUAUGGCCAGCUAGAGAUCUAUAAGCAAAAGAAGAUGAUGACGAAUAACCCUCAUCUCCAGAAAAAACGCAACUCCAAAAAAGGCAUUGGACGUUCGAUUAUGCGGCGCAUCACAGAAAUACCCGAGACGGUGAGCCGUCAGUACAGUCGAGAAGACAGGGACGGAAGCGAACACGGCAGCAAUCGCAGUACCCUUCGUAGAAACCCAUUUGAAUCUUCCCAUGGUGGAAAAUCCAGAGAGGACUCCCUAAAGAACAAGGUAUUCUCCUUGAAACGGUCCCACAGCUAUGACCAUACGCACGACCAAGCGGAGAACUCUACAACCGAGUUGUCUCUGCUGAACACCUUAAUGGGGAGAAGGUCUGCAAAGAAAAAUCCAGAGGCACCAAAGGUCAAACCUGCAGAAUCUGCAGAGUCGGUGCCACUUGUGUGCAAGUCCAUCAGCGCACACAAUCUCGCAGCAGACAAGAAGCCUAUCCAUCUCCGAUCCUCGAUGAUACAGAAGAGUCUGAGUGUCAUAGCCAGUGCCAGAGAGAGAACCCUGGGGCUUGGAGGGAAGACUCAUAGUGUUGAGGACGCAAGUAAGAAAGGCCUCAAGGCCAGAGAUACCAGGAUGGUUUCAGAAGUCAACGAAUCACCUGAAUGCUUCCCGAAGAUGAUCAUCAGCCAAUCUGUUGAGUACAGCAAGACCCCAAGUAAAAUGGGUAUCAUGAAGCAACAAGUGAGCGGAAGUCAACCAUCGAUUUGCUCUGAACCAGGGAGAAGCAAGGACCUUUAUGACCUUUCUGAGGUUUGCCCCUGGGAAAUGGAAGAUUUGCCCACUCUGUCAGAGGGGAAAGCUCAAAAGCAUGUUUCCAUUGCCCCAAGUGAGACUACCACGUUUCAUGAAAGCAGCUCUAAAAGUGGAAAGUCUCAACACAAACAAAGGAUGGUGGUUCCAUCUCCAUCAAACCGCCGCCGCUCCAAAGAUAAGGGUAGUAACAGAGAGGAAGGGGGUGACAAGAAUGAUGGGAGGAAACCCAAAACACCACUUAACUUGACUGCCUACAAUGCAGAGGUCUGCCCGUGGGAAUUUGAGGAUCCAUCUUCCAAAGGAGUUGAGACCCUUGACAGGACUAGCCGCAAGAAAAGUGUCACUCCAACAGAUGGAAAGCCCAAGAUCAUCCUCUCAGACAUCUCCAAAUCCACUGGAAGCCUUAUGCAGCCUCCAGCCCUCAUGGUGGACAUUUGUCCAUGGGACCAUGACCAACCACCAUCUCCUAACCAGGACAAGACCUCAAGCCCCACACAUCAUUCAAAGAGAAGGGACUCUAACUCAAAAAGGAAAGGUUCUUGCUCAUCAAAAGGGAAAGGGAAGGAUAAAGAGGACGAUAGCCAAAGAUUCAAAAGCAGGGAGAGGCGAAGCUCUUCCUGUAAACCUUCUGAGAAACGCCGUGUCAGCCAGACAUCAGAGAGUGGCCAGGUUACUGUGACCGCACCUGGUAGAAGGAGAAGCUCGACAAAAGAGGCUGGAAUCACUGAUAAUAAGCAUGCUGCCGUGUGCCCUUGGGAAACGGAGUGUAUGCCAAGUGUCACCACGAAAGAUGGGGACAUCCACACACCAUCUCAAACAACUGCACCGGCUGCUAGAAACCUCAACAUGGCUGAGGUUUGUCCAUGGGAUUUUGAUGACAAGACAUUAGGGAACCAUGCAUGACACUUACACACUUAUCAAUGACUGUUAAGCUCUCCAGAUUGGAUUCAUGAGAUGAAGGAUGGUGACAUGAGAAUUGCCUUAUGUUCACUUGUCUCAUUACAGUUUUCAAAAGCCCAUCUCACGCUAACUGUUUGCAUAAAUCCUGAAGACUCCCACAAAUUUUUCUGCCAUUUUGUUUACAUGAACCAGCUUGACCGGAGUUGGAAUGGAGUGGAACCCUGGUGUGUUUUCACCUUUGGCGAUAACACACUCUGGUCUGAGAGUAGUGGUCUCUGUAUCGCUUCCAAGUGAAUUCUAACAAGAAAACAAUUUAUCUCUGCAUCGUCCCGAAUGACGCUGGACAUGAUACACAAAAUGUUUUCAAACUAGUUCUCAGUGGUUCUCUGGUCAUUUUUGUCAUUUCUAAAAGGUAUGUUUACAUUUUUCCCUAGCUGUAUUUCUGGCCAAUGAAUGACAGCAUUUUAUGAGCAUGGUUUGUUGUUUUUUUAGCACUACAUGCAUCUCAGCCAACGUUCGUUGGACGUGAAACGAAGCGGCAAACGAUGUGCCGAUUCGUACUCGUCAAGCAGCCUACGUGUGAACACCUCCAGAGAACUGCUCAAAAUUUCACAUUUUUGUUUUUGAGUGAAACAAAAGCACAACUUUUAUUUUGCAGUACCACGUAAUUUUGUUUAAACACCAACUCACCCUUGAGUCUGACAUUAGGAUGGUCUAAAGAGCUGUUCUGGAUGGAUAAUAAACUCGAAUAUAUGGAUUCAGCUUGAUUUAAAAUGAAAUUGUAACAAGGAAAUCACAAAAAGCUAAUAUUUUAGAAAUUCAAUCCCUGAGAUAUGUUUGAUCUAGUUUAUCUAGCAGCCAUUUUUAACCAAAGAACAUCAUUAGCAUCUGCAAAACAUGCAUCUUCCCACAAUUAAUUAUAAAUCGUCAGCACACACAUGAAAAGUCGGACAUUUCUUCAACAGGAGAGCACGACAUGUCUUAUUUGAGAGGGAAUUGCAUGGAUGAGUGGCUUGGUUGCGUUAUUGUUGAUAUCUUUUCCCCACGACUCCCACUUGAAUACUGUAGUGUUGUGAUUUUGCAUCAGUAUUCCCUGCUGUAAUAAUACAUUGUCACUCAACUGGAUUAUUUAUCUCCGUAUUCCUGUGAAAUAGUGUUCCAGUGGUUUCUGCAUGACCGUGAAUAAACACAGUUGCUUGUUUUUUUGUUGUUGUUGGGUUCUUAUGAAACACCCUUUGAGGAAGAGAUGCUUCCCUGAGCAAGCCGUUCUAUCCAGCCUGUGGCAUCCGUGAAGGCAUGUACAGAAAACACCUACAGCCUGCAAUAAACAUUUAAUGUUCAGAUUUUAA